CUCAUUUUGAUCCAGGUUACUGAAAGCAUUAUUGAGACGGCUCGUCGCAUGUAUCAUUUCGAGUUAGAUGAACGUCAGUACUUGGAUUCAUUGUGCAGUAAAAUACAGAAAUUCGUUGACCUAUCGUCUCUCACUAAGGAUUGGAGUUUACUCAAAUUUGCAACAGCUCUGAAGUUUCUUGUUUACCCUAGACAAUCGUAUGAAGUUUGGAAACCUAGUAAGAUUUUGUCGGCUUCCGAGUAUAUGAGCAUAAAGUCCAUGAGGCGUCAAUACAGAGAAACGAUUAUGUCUGAGUUCGAUGUCUUGUCACUCUACAAGGAUGUUAUUGCUCUCUAUGAAAAAAGGCUUGAGAUUCUGUCGGAUAUAAACAUCUUGCUGCCAGUGAGGCCAAAGAAGAUCAAAUUAUGGAAUUCUCGUUUUUUGAGAAAACUUGGUUCGACUGAUUCACCUGCUGGCUCCAAAGUUGGAAAAGAAGCUAUUAUUGGUGAUGAUACUGAUGCAAAGCAAACGAGUGCAGCACAAAGCAUGGGUGAAGCUGAGGAAAAGGAUGGCAUCGAAGAAUCUGGUGCAAAGGGAGUGAAAGCAGCGCAAAACUUGGAAAUUUUUGAGCCGCCUCAGACCGCUGAUGCUAGCAACGAAACGACUGCACAGCCUACUCAAGAAACUAGUGGUAAUGGGAUGAAGACUGUAGACAGUGCGGGUGAAAGCAGGCAGAACGGACAGGUAUUUCCCCUGAGAGGCACCAAGAGCAAAGAAUUGAAUUUCCCUGAGACGGAACCAGAUGUUACAUGUGAUAAACAGGCUGGGGAUACUGAUACAAAGCAAACGAGCACAACACAAAUCAUGGGUGAAAGUGAGAAAAAGAACAGCAUUGAAGACUCUGGUGCGAAGGCAGUGAAAGCAGCGGAAAGCUUGGCCGAUGUCAUGCAGCCUCAGACUGAUGGCGCAAACCUGCAGAUGACUGCACCGCAGGACCCAAAUGAGACCCAAGCCGUGCAGACUGAAGAAAGUGCAGGUGUGAAAAUCAGUGCACCGCCGGACCCAAAUGAGAUGCUGAUGUGUUUGUGUAUUUGUCGGUGCAAUAUACUGUAAGAGCAUCCCCGGCAAAUCCCCUGAACAGUUUUCCUUUUGAACUGAAAAAGAACUUCACCCUGCCAAACAACAUGGGCCUCCUGCCAUCGUUGCGCACCAAAAGCUGCUAGUUA